AAACACCUGUUCAGCUGGUGAUGAUGUCAUAAUGGUUAGCUGACAUCUUGAGCAGCUUGUUGUUUACUGUACUCUCAUUUGUGCUUUGGUUUUAGAGAUGGCUAGACUAUCCCUAGAGAUGGCUAGACUAUCCCUAGAGAUGGCUAGACUAUCCCUAAAGCUAAGAACAAUUUUUUUCAUCUUUUUAUCAAUCUUUUCUUUAAUUUCCAUUACUGAGAGCUCCCAGACUUGUGGUAAGUACUGGUUGUGCAUAAUACAUAUGCUAUCUGUAAAUAAUAAUAUAUUAUUUUUAAAUUGUAUGAGCUGUGAUUUAGUUGAUGAUGUCAUAAUGCUUAACGUAAACACCUGUUCAGCUGGUGAUGAUGUCAUAAUGGUUAGCUCACAUCUUGAGCAGCUUGUUGUUUACUGUACUGUCAUUUGUGCUUUGGUUUUAGAGAUGGCUAGACUUUCCCUAGAGAUGGCUAGACUAUCCCUAAAGCUAAGAACAAUUUUUUUCAUCUUUAUAUCAAUCUUUUCUUUAAUUUCCAUUUCUGAGAGCUCUGAGACUUGUGUUUGUGGAAAAAGGCCUUUAAUAGAUAAAAAUCAGCAGAACUCUCGUAUUAUUGGAGGAGUAAAUUCCCUGCCAGGAGCAUGGCCUUGGCUUGUAAGCAUCCAGUUUAGUAAUGGUCCUGGAUAUUCACACUUCUGUGGCGGGUCCAUCCUGAACAACCAAUGGGUGUUGACAGCGGCUCACUGUCUCAUCAAUUAUGAAAAGACAUUUGAUACACUGAGACUGGUAUUUGGAGCCCGCCAGCUUUCUAAGUUGGGUCCAGAAACCCAGAUUCGAAAGAUCAAACAGAUCAAAAUUCAUGAAAAGUACUUGGCAGAAGGAAAAAAUUCUAACGACAUUGCUCUGAUUCUUCUGGAUGAGAAAAUCACAUUUAAUGACUACACCCAGCGGGCCUGUUUACCUUCUGAUUCAUUUGAUGUACAACAAAAGACUCUCUGCUAUGCAGCAGGAUGGGGUGUUCUCAAAGAAAAAGGCCAGGAAGCUGCAGAUAUCCUUCAAGAAGCACGGGUGUUUAACAUCAAUAAUGAACUUUGCAACAGCUCUGAAUGGUAUAACGGCAAAGUUUACAAGUACAACCUGUGUGCUGGUCAUAAGGAAGGCAAGAUUGACAGCUGUCAGGGUGACAGUGGAGGUCCUCUUAUGUGCAAGAGAAAUACAAAUAAUGACUAUGUUGUGGUUGGAGUGACAAGCUGGGGAACAGGCUGUGCCCGAAUGCAACGCCCUGGAAUUUACAUCUCUACCCAGCACUUUAGCAAAUGGAUUGAUAGCAAGAUCUUCCAGAAAGAAGAGAAACCCAAGACUAAGACAAAGAGGUCUUUACUAGAAAAGAUCCUUCUUCCCCAACUACCCCCUCAGUUACCGACAACACGGAGCAAAGUUAUUCUGUCCCGGGCACAGCUGGAUGUAUUUGUACAAAGUCCAAAUGUAGAGCAACAACCGACGGAAGUAUUUAAGAAUAAAGCAGCCGAUGAACUUCUUAGAGAUACAAAUCCAGUUCAGCAUGCCCAGAUAAUGGCAACAACAGAUCCUGAGCACAUGGGCUUGCGCAAAUCUUUAUGGCACAAUUUGACACAGAUUUAUAGUCGCAUCACUGCCUAUUUACGCAGGGCCAGAUUUACAUAGUGGGCGCCCCUAGGCCCACUGCCGUUCGUUGCCCCUGUCCCCUCCCCUUUAUUCAUGCAAAUUUUCAUCAUCUGGACCGGAGCAAUGGGGAUUGGCGCAUGGGAAAUGUAAAAAAUUAUUGUAUCUCCAGCGCAUACAUCAAUUGCCGAUGUGGUAAUGGUGGAGCUCACCCAGAGUUGUGUGUCCUCCUGCUUGAUGGCAGCUCUCGUGAUACACGGUCACUCCUGAGUAAUCCUUGAUCAGCGAUCCACAGCGAUUUGGAAGAUUGGUAUCUCCAGCGCAUCCCCAGUGUUUUUGAACCAAUGUGGGUUGAUUUGGGCAGCUUGCCGCCCCCCUAAAACCUGCCCCCUAGGCCCGGCCUAGGUGGCCUUUCCACAAAUCCGGGCCUGUAUUUACGGUCUGCCUAAUGGGCGCAAUUCUGUCUUAAAUAAAAUAUGAUUUGUUUUCAGAUUA